ACCCAGAUAAGCAGGCGUCGUGCAGAGAGAAUCGCUACCACUAGCAACGGGUAUAUGCCCCCGGAAGCCGGAACCAAACCCAACCACGGUGGAUUUGGAUUGGAACGGAACCCUCUCCGAAGAGCAGCAGCACACGAGCCUUCCUCAAUCAAUCCCCAGCUAGGCUAGGGUUUCCUUCCUUCCACCCUGCUCCUCCCAUGGACUCCGGCGGCGACUCCGGGGGCGGGGGCGGAGGAGGCGGAGCGGCGGCGGCGGCGGCGGCCAAGUGGCGGAGCGACGCGUCGCGGGCGUUCCAGUACUACCUGGACCGGUCGACCCCGCACGCGACGGGCCGGUGGGUGGGCACGCUCGCCGCGGCGGCGAUCUACGCGCUCAGGGUCUACAUGGUCCACGGCUUCUACAUCGUCAGCUACGGCCUCGGGAUCUACCUCCUCAACCUCCUCAUCGGCUUCCUCUCCCCCAUGGUCGACCCGGAGCUCGACCCCUCCGCCGCCGCCGACGGGCCCGCGCUACCCACCCGCGGCUCCGACGAGUUCAAGCCAUUCAUACGCCGCCUCCCCGAGUUCAAGUUCUGGUACGCAAUCACAAAAGCUUUUGUUGUAGCUUUCGUGAUGACUUUUUUCUCUGUAUUCGAUGUUCCGGUCUUCUGGCCUAUACUUCUCUGCUACUGGAUCGUCCUCUUCGUCCUGACAAUGAAGCGCCAGAUUCUGCAUAUGGUCAAGUACAAAUAUGUACCUUUCAAUAUCGGGAAGCAGAAAUAUGGCGGGAAGAAGGGUGGCGCAAGCAGCAGUUCUUCAAAAGACUGAUUCCCAGCCUACCCUGGUGGGAAGAAUGGAAGAGCGAGAAGAUACAGUUGAUGCUAUUCCAUGUGCUUAAUACCAAGUGUAAUACUCCAUUCAUAUCUAGGGUUAGGAGGAUGUUCAGUUAUGUUUCUGACAUGGGUUCACGGUUUAAUUUGAUAUUCGUGUUAGAGUGCUUCCUUCUGUCCGUGUAUAGCGUGAUUCUUUUAUCUGACAGACGUUCGGUUGCUCGAAAUGUUGCAGCAAUAAGGGAUGCCGCAAAAAUUCUUGGUCCUGCUCCUGGACUGGACGUGUUGUUUAUGUAUCAUGACCAAUCUUUUACCUGCUGAGCCAGUAUGUGGAGCCACUAAAUAUAGGGAAUCCCCUAAAUA